AUGGCUGUGCUGCUCGGCUUCGCGAGCUUCCUGGCGCUGCCGCUGAGCCCCGCGUGCCGCGAGGACGCCCUCCCGGCCAAGGACAAUGUCUCCCGCAUCCUAAACAUGACGCUGGAUCCCCAGAAAAAAAUGUUGACCUGGACUUACGAGGGUAAUGUGUCGGAACAAGAGUGCAGUAUAGACACCCCGCCCGGCAGUUUCACCAAGCAAAGCCCCCAGGUCCAGGAGCACAACACCUACGUCUGCCGAUUUCCCAACGCUGUGCUGCACCGAGGCGCCAACCUGACCGUGAAGGCGAAAGCAGGCGGCGCCGUGUUUCAGCGCAUCCUGAACUUCUCCAACCCAGGCCGGGAAGGCUCUGGGGCUGUCAACUUCUCCUGCUUCAUCUACGACCUGCGGCUCAUGAACUGCAGCUGGGCGCCCGGGCCCGCCGCCCCCGCGGACGUGCGGUACCACCUGUACAGCUGGGCGUCCAGGGACGACGAUGGGUGUGAGUGCCCGCACUACAUGGCCGGCCCAGCGGGCACGCGCGUGGGCUGCCAUUUCGAUGAACUCGCGGAACCGCACCCGACCGAUGAGUACUUUUUCCUGGUGAACGGGACCAGCAAGGAGACAGACAUCCAGUUUCUGGACUUCCCUCCGUUUAAAGCCGUCAAAAUGGAGCAGUUGAACCCACCGGCCAACGUCACGGUGCGCGACAACGGAUCCCACCACGUCAUCGCGUGGGACAAUCCCAAGAUGCGGUUUGAUGUCUCCACGGCCACCUUGUGUUACGAGCUGGACAUCCAACGGACAGAUCGGGUUUUGCCAGCACCGUGGGUCGCGAAGAAGGCGGUGGUCCUCUGCGUGGCCUUGGAGGCCUUGUGCCGACGCAGCCGACCGGCCCGGAGAGUUGAUUCCCGGGCCCGCCGUUACGCCCGGAGCGCGCCGCGCGCUCCUUCAGCUUCGGCGCGAAGGGUGGACGCCGAGAAGCGUGAGCCUUCACCUGAAGGCGGGUCUGCCACCCACGCGGGUCGCUGCAGGUCCUCCUUUCUUUCCAAGGUUUUCCAAACCGGGCAGGAGCGGAACGUGUACGCCUUGCCCCACGGGGCCGUGAGGGGCGAGCGCACGGUCCGCGUGAGAGGGCGGUCGAAGCACAGCUCCCGCUGGAGCGCCUGGAGCGCCACGCUGCGUUUCGGCCACACGGAACCGGAGGUCAGCGCCACCGCUGUGGCGAUGGUGGGGCUGCUGGUAGGCGCGGUGGUUGUCGUGAUCACGCUGCUGACGUUCCUCUGCACGAGGUGGCCCCUGAGACGCAUGCUCUUCCCGCCGGUGCCGCAGGUGAAGAGGGAACUGGCCGGCAGCUUUGCACCCUCCCCCGAGAUCAACUGGGACGGGGACCCCCGGCCGCCGAGCUUCCAGGAGCCCGAGGACAUUGUCACCGUGGAGGAAAUGCAGCCUUUCGCGAGUGGACAAGCAGAAGCCGCGGCCCCAGCGCUGCCCAGCCCCGGUUCGGAAGACGUCCGUUCCGAACGCCGCCCCCACGACGUGCAGGAUUUCUGA